CGCGAGAGGCGCUCGCACGCGCUGAGGCCGGAAGUGACGCGCGCGAAGGGGGCCGGGCUCUUGAGGCGGUAAUGGCGGCCGCGCCUCUGUGUUGUUGAAGCCUCCAGCGUCCCUGAUAGACCAAAGUGACAAUGAUGAAACUACCAUUUCCAAUUUAAUAUGCAAGCUUCUGAAGUAUGCCAAAAACCUUCCUAAAGCUGGAUGCUGCAAGAAUUCUUCAAAAGAGCAACAAUGUCAUCCUUUCAAGAAGUUCCAUCUUCAAACAGUGCCCUGCAGACUUCAAAUUUUGCACAUGUCAUCUUUCAGAAUGUAGCAAAAAGUUACCUUCCAAAUGUGCACCUUGAGUGCCAUUACACUCUGACUCCCUAUAUACGCCCUCACCAAAAGGAUUGGGUUGGUAUUUUCAAGGUUGGUUGGAGUACUGCACGAGAUUAUUACACAUUUCUGUGGUCACCUAUGCCUGACAACUAUGUGGAAGGAUCAACAGUUAACUCUGUGCUGUCUUUUCAAGGAUACUACCUUCCAAAUGAUGAUGGUGAAUUUUACCAGUUCUGCUAUGUAACACAUAAGGGUGAGAUCCGUGGAGCAAGCACUCCGUUUCAGUUUCGAACAUCAUCUCCUGUUGAAGAAUUGUUGACGAUGGAAGAUGAAGGGAAUUCAGACAUGUUGGUGGUGACCACAAAGGCUGGACUUCUUGAGUUCCAGAUUGAAAAAACUAUGAAAGAAAAAGAAGAACUAUUAAAGGUGACUGCUUCACUUGAAAAGGAAACCCUGCAGCUUAGAGAUCAAGUUGAAAGACUGGAAAAAGAACUGAACCGUGAAAAGGAAAGAUGUGAUCAGCUGGAAGCACAGCAAAAGGAUAAUUCCAAAACUGCAGAAACCCUUAAAACAGAAAAUGAAGAACUCAAGAAAAAGCAGAAUGAGGCUACUUCCAAAGUUCUACAGCUUGAAGAAGACAUCAUGACUGUUACUCAGAAAGCUAUUGCAAAAGAAACUGAGUUAGACAGCCUGAAAGAUAAACUCAAGAAAGUAGCCAUUGAAAAGGAACAACUUGAAUGCCAGUUGAAGACUGAGAAGGAUGAAAAGGAACUCUACAAGAUACAUCUGAAGAACACAGAAAUUGAAAACACCAAACUUGCAUCAGAAGUUCACACUCUAAAGAAUUUGGAUGGAAACAAAGAAAACCUUAUAGCCUAUUAUAAAGAGGAAGUUGGCAGAUUACAACUGUGCAUGGCUGAAAAAGAAAAGCUGAAGAGAGCCUUCUUGCUUACUUCAUCAAACAAGGAAGAGGCAAGUAUUUUGAAGGAGCAGCUUCGGAAAGCUGAGGAUCAGAUUCAAGCUAGUAGGCAGGAAGCUCUGCUGAUGUCAAAAGAGCUCAGUGAUGCUGUAAAUGUGCGCGAUAAAACUAUGGCGGAUCUUCAUAGUGCUCGACUAGAAAAUGAAAAGGUGAAGAAGCAACUUGCUGAUGCUGUAGGUGAACUUAAGAAAAUGGCACUGGUGAAAAAUGAACAGGAAACUUCCAGCACUGUAGAGAAGGAACUACGCAGAGAAGUUGAAGACUUAAAGCUCCGCCUGCAGAUGGCUGCUGAUCAUUACAAGGAAAAAUUCAAAGAAUGCCAGAAACUGCAAAAACAAGUCAAUAAGCUUAUUGACCAAACAGAUGAGAAAUUGAAAUGCAGUGUCUAUGCUGAUGAACUGGCUAAGUUGGAGCUGAAAUGGAAGGAGCAAGUGAAAAUUAGUGAGAGUGUGAAGCAACAGCUGGCAGCAGUAGAAGACCAGUAUCUAGUGCAGUUGGCCGAAAAGGACAGACAGAUAAAUGAGCUGACAUCCCAUUUGGGAAUCCUCAGCAGAGAAAAGAGCCCUGGAAGGAGACCAGAAAAUCAAACUGACAGAAUCACCGAAGGACAGAUUUCUCAGCAUGCAGUAUAUUUUCUCAAUACUGCUCUUACUUCAGGGGACGAUGGACAGGUUCCUGCUGUGCCAACUCGGUUACCAGUCCUGCAGUAUGGAAACCCUUAUACAGCCCAGGAAACAAGAGAUGGAGCAGAUGGUGCUUUUUACCCUGAUGAGAUCCAAAGGCCACCUGUAAGAGCGCCCGCUUGGGAACUUGAAGACAAUGUAGUGUGCAGCCAACCAGCCCGCAACCUCAGCCGGCCUGAUGGUUUAGAAGAUCCUGAGGAUAGUAACGAUGAUGAGGCAAGCGCACCUUCUGCUCCGGAGCCACCAAACCUCGGCUUACAAGAACGUGGAACAGGCUUUUGUUUUGAUUCCAGUUUUGUGCACAUCAAGAAGUGUCCCCUUUGUGAAGUGAUGUUUCCUCCUAACUAUGAUCAGAGCAAGUUUGAAGAACAUGUUGAGAGUCACUGGAAGGUGUGCCCCAUGUGCAGCGAACAGUUCCCUCCUGACUAUGACCAGCAGAGCUUUGAAAGACAUGUACAAACACACUUUGAUCAGAAUGUUUUGAAUUUUGACUAGUUUGAGGCAUCUGAAUGCAGAUUAGUUUAGGCAAAACUUGAAUGAGCGAAUUCUGUAAGAGAAGAGUACACAGCCGUCAUAACGUGUUGUUUAAAGGCUACUUUCAGUACAGUGCUUUGGCCUAUUAGCAAGUAUUGGGCUAGCCUUCUUUGAUCUAGCAUACAUCCAGAACUGUUAUAAUAUCUAUCAGUAUUUAUUCCCUGGCUGACAAAAUGCAUAAGAACACAGGAAAUGCACAGACUUGUUCAGAAACCUCCUAAGUCGAGUUUGUAGUAGUGGCAAGUGUACAGAAUGACUUGAUUUUGCUCUUGUAUUUGCUUAUGAUUAGAUAUUAAAAUUCUCAUUCCAUGAUAAUAAAAUGAGGUUUCUCGGUAA